UCUGUGAUUGUUAAGCUCCUUUCCCCUUGGCUGUAGACUGCGCCAGUACAUAGCGUGUUCAUCUACUGUGUUGCUGCCUUCAGUGCUGGAAGACCGCGUAAACACCUCAAUUUUUAAUUCGAUUAUUCUCUCGGCAUGUAAAGGCCAGGGACGGAACGGAUUUGAUGUCUCAUAGCCUCUUCUUUAAGAAACUUGCACGUUCGGUGGGAGCCCCCGAGCUGGCUAAUCAUGUUUCUGUUUGGCAAAUUGUGGAGCUUUGAAACAAGACUAUUGGGGAAAUGGCAAUAUUGGCUUUAAGGUGAUCAUUAUGGGAAAUAGAUGCGCUGGAGCUGUCAAUAAAACGUGUAAAAAUGUGCUUCUAUUGAUGAGGAUUCCGAUUCGUGCGUGUUUGUGAUAAUUAAUUGGAACUGGCACAAAAGUACUUGCAUUAUUUAUAGUACAACACCCCGGCAAGGGAGCCCUGAUUCUCCACUAUCAGUUGGAUGUAUUACAGACGGGUUUAUCACAUUCGGUGGAGAUGCUAGACUGUUUACGAUCUCUUUUCGUAAUGUUAGUUACGUGUGUUUUUGUGUUAGUUUCUAUCGGCGGAAGUGCUGUGUCGGCCAUCUUUGAUAAGAACGGAUGUGCCUAUACUUUCAGCGUUUGGCACCCGGAUGAGGAUAUACUACGACAGGUGAAGGAUUUACAGGUGCAAUUUUCGAACUUCACAAAUUACGCCGAAGCGCAGGUUUCACGGAUUCAACGAAAUGUGAUCCACGAGAUGAGAAAGUACGACAAUUCUACGUCGCAUCUGGAAUCUGAACUCCUGCAGAUGAAACUGGACGACAUGCAAGCCAAGAUGAAACACAACCAUCUAUCGGCGGAGGUAAAUAUUAUGAGAAGGGAUAUGGAGGACAUUAAUCGCAAAGUUGACGAUCUUGAGAUGGAUUAUUUUAGCUUAAAAGCUCGUGGUCGGGAACCGAGAAACGAUUCUGUGAGGAAGGGCCAUCGAUCAAUGAGUAAAGAUUUUAUUGGCAUGAUGAAAAACAGUGUUGGUGACCUCAAGGCAGAAUGGUUGUUGAUGAAACGGGAGAUGGACGACAUCAGAGGGGAAAAUUUGCAGUUGAAACAUGGACAGAACAACUUGAAAAACGAUACCUCGUCCUUACGGCAAGUGAUGCGAUCUUUAUCUGGAGAGAUCCAGGCUGUAGAGGGUCGGGACUGGAGGGUCCCACAAAGCUCACAGCAGGUCCAAAGUGAGAUGUCUGGUCUUAAGAGGGACCUGAAACGAAUUAAAGACGAACAAAGUGAUAUUAAAUCUGAAUCGACUGAAAUGAGGAACGAAAUAGCAACUUUACAUACUAGUAACAUCCGGGUACUAAAGGAUCUUCACGAGCUGCAGCUCGAUGGUACGAGAUUCCGCGAGAAACUCGAGUCCCUGAGACGAGAGGAGAGACGUGGAGGAGAGACCGAAGUUACCCGAGAAAGACUGGAAUCCAACCUCCCCAGCACUGACGAUGUAGUCCCAAGAGAUUGCCAUGAAAUUUACCAAUCUGGGUACCGAACGAAUGGACUCUAUAAGAUCCAUGCGAAGGGCGCCCGACUGAUGACAGCAGUGUACUGUGAAAUGGUCAACAAGACUGGCUACCUUGUCCUUCAGCGUCGCAUAGACGGGCUUCUCAACUUCAACAGACGCUGGCUGGAGUACAAACACGGCUUCGGCAACCCUUACGGCGAGUUCUACAUCGGCAACGAGUUACUCCACCUUCUUACCAAACAGAAGCAGUACAUCCUCAGAGUAGACAUGUGGGACUGGGAAGGGAACAAGGCUUAUGCUGAGUACAACGUCUUCGCCGUCGAGGGUGAGGCCAACCAUUAUCGUCUCCAUGUCAACGGUUACCGUGGUGACGCAGGUGACUCGUUGAAUUUACAUGACAACAUGGCCUUCAGCACAGAGGACGUGGACAACGACCUCCACGCCCGGCACUGUGCGGCGGAAAACAAGGGAGGAUGGUGGUUCAACAGCUGUUACUCCAGCAAUUUGAACGGCGUCUUCCACACGGCGUGGUACUCGCAGUCGCGCUCCAAGUAUGCCGACGGCGUCGUGUGGUACACGUGGAAGGGGUCUGAGUUCUACUCCCUGAAACAGACAGAGAUGAAGAUACGACCUAAAGUACCCUAACUGAAGAACACCAAGAGAUAGAAAUGAAGGAAAAAACAUAAGAAAAGGAAAAAGACUCACAUCCGGCGUUUUAAACCGCCCGCAGCAAUCAUAACAUAGGAAAAUGUGUCUUUGUGUCGAGAUAUGUUGUGAGUAAGAUUUCGAGAAAGGGAUAAUAUAAGUUGUUUGAAAUUCAAGUGGAAGAAAAUACUUUGUUUUGGACGUGAGCCUUUGUAGAAGGUAAGCUUUAUUUGUUGAAAAGAAACGACACUUAAGGGGUGGUUUUCUGUGACGUAGAUCAAUGGCGCUCAGAACUGUAAGAAUUUACACCCGUCUUCAUGAGAAUAUUGAAACUGUUGUUAAAUUUGAUUAUGUCUGUUCAACCAUAUCCCAUUUUUGUAACAUUUUGUGAAGGGUCGGGGGUGAAUUUUGCGUUAAAAUAAAUUGGUUAAAUUAAAGACGGGGCUGAGAAAGGAAUCUGCAAACACACGACCUCUACCAUGUUUCAAAUGUAAAUUUGUGCUGAGAACAGAAAAUUUAUUGAUUUUCAAAGAUCAGAUGUCAAAAAUACCCAUUCGUAAUUGUGCAUUAUGCGAAAACAUGUAGAAUUAUUAUUUAAGUUCUGACUGAUCGUCAUAUCAUUUCAUUUUUAAGAUAAUAUCAAUAACUUCAGAUAUUUCCAAUUCAAAAUAUAACAUAAUAUAAAAACAACUGAACGAUAUGGUUUUCUUUUCCCCUUAUGUCAGGUAAAAUUUAAUUUUAUUACUGUUUUCUUUUUUAACUUUAACAUAAUAGAAUACAAACAUGUAUGCAUUUACAAACAUAUACGAUUGACAUAAUAGGUUUCUGUAUAUUGAGCUUCAUAUUCGCCUUCAUAUGCAGAUGUACAUCAUUUGUUCAGUUUUUGUGGUAUAUAGAAAGAUCAAGUAAAAGAGAUUGUUUGGCUAAAGCGAUUAUUUGGAGCAUUCGUGUUGUAUAAGAGAUAUUGUCAAGGACCUUUUAAAGAACGAAAAUAUUGUGUAUACGUAUCUAUACCAAUCAAUAUUGAUCUGUGGAAGAUUUUGAAAGCUUACUCACGCUUUAUAGAACCAGGAAAACACCGUGUCGGUCAGGUCUGUCCUUUUUGUAUAUUUAAUUAUACAGAUUAAUUGACAAGAUUAAUUACGUGUUACAUAGAACGUGGCAAGUAUUCCGGCUUGUUAACAUAAGAAAAAUAGGUCUCAUUGAACGUUAUUCCAUGUAUAAAGGCGAUCUGUAAAUA